AUGCAAAGCAUAGAUCAAGCCAAACAGCAGUGCAUCAGUCAACCUAGGGAGAUCACUCACAACAAUUUCAUCUUCGAUGACAACAGAAAUGCUCUUGGGGCUGAAAUGGGUUGUGUUGUCAGUGACCACAGUAAGACCCACAGGAGUGUUCUUCAAGAACUGAAGAAGGUUCAGUUUGAGUUUGACAACCAGAAUUUCUUCUUUGACGAAAAUGGUGAUUUUGUAAGUGGUUAUGAUCUGGUCAUGUGGGAAAGAGAUGGACGCUACAGAAGAUUUCAAAGGAUUGGGAAAUACCUUGUCCUUAAUAAGCAAAUAGAACUAGAAGUGAAAAAUUUCAUCUGGCUCUCAACAGCCAAUACCACGACCCCUCAGUCUAGAUGCUCAGAGCGUUGUGCCCCUGGCUCGGUAAAGAAGAUCUUAAACGUAUCCUGCUGUUAUAACUGCACCCAAUGUACGGAGGGGACCUAUUCAGAUGCAUGGGAUCUUCAUGUCUGCAAAGAGUGUCCCAGUGGAACUUGGUCUCUCAAAGGUUGGACUCAGUGCAAGCCAAGAUGGGAGUCCUACCUGCACUGGUAUGAUCCUCAUCCCAUCACCAUGAUGGCAGCUGCAGCCUUUGGCAUCUUGCUGUUGUUUGUUAUCUUCAUUCUGUUUUUGGUGUACCGAAAUUACCCACCUAUGAAAAGAGCUGAGGUGAGAUUGUCCUGUGUGAUGAUGGCUGGUCUGGCAGUGAGCUUCGCAAGUGUGAUAUGCUUCAUGGGCAAGCCCAGUGUACACCUCUGCCGGGCCCGCCAGCUGAUGUAUGCGAUGGGCUUCACCCUGUGCGUGUCCUGUAUUCUAGUCAAGGCCUACCGUACCUUCCUGGCUUUCCUUCCCUUUGGUCAGAUGAUAAACAGACAACUAAACAAACUUUACAAGCCCCCUGUAAUUGUUGCUGUCAUCACUGCUCUGCAGGGAAUAAUCUGUCUUCUCUGGAUGAUCUUUGAUUCUCCUGAUAUUGAUGACACACCUCCAUCCGCACAAAGCAUGAAGAAAAUAAUCCAGUGUAGUGAAGGUGCCACAUACAUAGGUUUUGGUAUUAUGUUGAGCUACAUAGCUCUGCUAGCAUUGAUUGGCUUUCUCUUGGCCUUCAAAAGCAGGAAGGUUCCUCAGGAGUUCAGUGAAACAGGCUACAUCAUUUUCAGCAUGCUGAUGUACUUGUUUGUAUGGGUGUGUUUUAUCCCAGUCUAUAUCACCAACAAGGAAGAAGGCACUCCUGUUCAGGCUUCAGCCAUUCUAGUAUCCAGCUAUGGCAUCAUCUUCUGCCAUUUUUUACCCAUAUGCUAUGAAGCACUUUUUGGGUCCAAGACCAAUACAUUAGAGAGGAUUCUAAGGAGAUGGCGAGCCCAAAGUCCAAAUCUUGAGUCAGAGGGAGGGAUAGAUAUAGAUAUCCCCGGAAUGAACAUACCAUCACAAACGAGUGCCAGGUUUUCCAUAUCAAGUACGACAACUAUAUUGAGGAGAUCAGAGACACUAAGCGAGGUCACCCCUACUGGUUCAGAAUUGGUCAUAGUGCCUAUGUCCAGUGAAAAGAUUUGUGCCUACCCUCUGUCUAACAGGCUAAGAACAAAAAUGAUAAGGAGACGACGCAGGAGUAUAUCCUUUUAAAACUGGUUCCAGAAAAUUUUUAUUUCUGCUGAAAACUGUGGUGUUCUUCGAGAAAAAAAUAAGAAAGAAGAUGAGUCAUUCGUACUGUAUACAAGGUAUUAAAACAAAAAUACUUUUUAAAGGCCUGUUGUUUACAUUGUAGAUAGAUAGAUAGAUAGAUA